AUGUCAGACAAUGCCAACAAGGCGGCUUGGAUUAUUGAGGCCAAGCAGAAGCCUCUCAAGGUUGAUCACGCUCCCAUGCCAACUCCUGGUCCAGAUGAGGUCGUUAUCAAGAACAAGGCUGUCGCCGUAAACCCUGUCGAUUGGAAGAUACAAGACACUGGAUACUUUAUCAAGAAUUAUCCGAAUAUUCUGGGUACCGAUGUGGCCGGCGAGGUUUAUGACGUUGGAUCAGAUGUGAAGAACUUCAAGAAGGGCGACAGAGUCCUUGCCCACUGCAUUGGUCUCGGCACUGGCAAGGCUCAGAAUGCCGGUUUCCAGCUGUUCUCAGCAUGUCCCGAGAUCCUGACUUCCAAGAUUCCAGAGCAGACCUCGUUCACUGAGGCUACCGUUUUGCCCUUGGCCAUCUCGACAGCAUCAGCUGGUCUCUACCAGAAGGGUUAUCUCGAGCUUCCCUAUCCCGCUGCUUCUCCCAAGCCCUCAGGAAAGGUCAUCCUGGUAUGGGGAGGAUCCAGCAGUGUCGGCUCAACCGCUAUCCAGCUUGCCGUAGCUAGUGGUGUCAAGGUAGUCACCACUGCUUCCAAGCACAACCAUGACUACUGCUCAAAGCUGGGCGCCUCAGCUGUCAUCGAUUACAACAGCUCUUCGGUGGCCGACGACAUUGUUUCCGCCAUCAAGGAUACCGGUGCAGAGUUCGCUGGCGUCUACGACUCGAUCUCUCUGCCUGAGAGUUUCAAGCACUGUUUCGAAGUCUUGCAAAAAGCUGGUGGUAGCAAGAACAUGGCCACCGUUCUCCCACCUCCUGAAGACAAGCCUUCUGAUCUUAAUGUCAAUGGCGUUUUUGCCAUCACUAUUGCCACUCAACACAAGGAAGUUGGUGACGCUGUUUGGCAGAAGUUCGUGCCUGGUGCUAUCCAAAGCGGAGAUCUCAAGUGCUUGCCCGAGCCUUUGGUUAUUGGUCAGGGCCUAGAAAGCGUGCAGAAGGGUCUCGACAAGAACAAGGCUGGUGUCAGCGCCAAGAAGGUUGUCAUUGAGCUGUAG